UUGGGUUGUCCUCUGGAGGUGUAUGUACUAGAUCAGGUGUAGAUGUAGGAGCUACUAUAGGUUGGGUGCUUAUUGCUAUGGGGUGGCUUUCUGUUUUGAUUGCGAGUUGUUGUCAGUUGA